UCACAGACUCAGACAGAGAGAGUCGCUCAGAGGACGGUAGCAAGCCGAGGAUAGCCCAGAGGACGAUGGUCUAGGCGGAGAUCUUAGGGUAAAUUAGGGAAUGUAACUCGCGUACAUUCGUCUUUUUUUGGUCGGAGUGCGCCGGAGUCGCUUUAGCAUUUCGGUCGUCUCUUUUAAGCCGCUCUUGUUUUUCAUUCCGUCUCGUCGUCCGUCUCCUCUUUGAGAGAUAACGUUCCCAUGCGAUUCUUCAGACUCACCUUUAAGUGUUUCGUGGAUUGUUUUUGAAGGUGCUAUUUUAAUUCGGUGUCCUUUUCUUUUCCUUUUUUUAAAACGAUCGUAUCCCACCUUUAUUUACUGUCAUUUUACAAAAGGAGAAGCAGGCGAAUUGUGAAUCACAGACCCCCCUACUCGUUGCCAAUUUCGACUGUCAGCGUCAAACAAACAGACAAAAAAAGGUUUGACAUUGAAAAACGUGAUAAAAAGAGAAGGUGCGUUAUAACGAAUAUAACACUGCAGACUUGACAUCGCCUUUUACUGACAAAGGCAAAGGACCAGAUCCUGUUUUAAGCUAAACAGGGUCGCCAAGAGAAGAACAAAAGGACAUUCUGGUGCAUCAGAUAUUUAAAAAAAGGAGAAACAGACUUUUGGGGUUAUUUGGGAUCCCAGUUAAAGAUAACUAACUAAAUAUCUAAAUAAAUAAAAACCCCGCCGGUGGAAACAGAGAGAGUCAGGGAUGGAGAAACCGGAGUGCUGCGCCCUGAACGUGAUCCUGGCCGAGGAGGAGAAGAAGGGUCCGCUCAUCCCCAAUGGGAACCAUCAGGGUACUAACGGGACCCUGGUGCCCCCGGUGAGGGCGCUCCCGGAGCGUGAGACGUGGACCAGACAGAUGGACUUCAUCAUGUCCUGCGUGGGGUUCGCCGUGGGCCUGGGCAACGUGUGGCGAUUCCCCUACCUCUGCUACAAGAACGGCGGAGGAGUCUUUCUCAUUCCCUACGUGCUGUUUAUAUUUCUUGGGGGUAUUCCUAUCUUCUUCCUGGAGAUUGCUCUGGGCCAGUUCAUGAAGGCUGGAAGCAUCAACGUGUGGAACAUCGCACCACUCUUUAAAGGACUCGGCUAUGCCUCCAUGGUCAUAGUGUUUUUCUGCAACACCUACUAUAUCAUGGUCUUGGCCUGGGGUUUCUACUACCUCAUCAAGUCCUUCAGCGGCACGCUACCGUGGUCUACCUGCGACAAUGAGUGGAACACAGAGAGCUGCAUUGAGAUCUUCCGCCAUGAAGACUGCCAAAAUGGCACCAUCGGCAACUCCAGCUUCGGGAACAUGACCUGCGAGGAGUUAGCGAACGGCCGCUCACCUAUCAUUGAGUUUUGGGAGAAUAAGGUCCUGAACAUCUCAGAGGGUCUGGACGAGCCAGGCGCGCUGAACUGGGAGCUGAUUUUGUGUUUGCUUGCUGUCUGGGUGAUGGUCUAUUUCUGCGUCUGGAAGGGGGUGAAGUCAACAGGCAAGAUUGUGUAUUUCACUGCCACGUUCCCGUAUGUCGUCCUGAUCAUUCUCCUGGUCAGAGGGGUCACUCUUCCUGGGGCAUAUGAUGGGAUAAUGUACUAUCUCAAGCCUGACUGGUCUAAGCUAGGAGAGCCACAGGUUUGGAUCGAUGCUGGUACUCAGAUCUUCUUUUCUUACGCUAUAGGGCUUGGAGCGCUUACUGCACUUGGCAGCUAUAACCGAUUCAACAAUGACUGCUACAAGGAUGCAUUCAUGUUGGCCCUGAUAAACAGUGGCACCAGUUUCUUUGCUGGCUUUGUGGUCUUCUCCAUCCUGGGCUUCAUGGCAUCUGAGCAGGGCGUGGACAUCUCAAAAGUGGCCGAGUCAGGGCCUGGCCUGGCGUUCAUAGCGUACCCUAAAGCUGUGUCUCUGAUGCCUGUGGCACCGGUCUGGGCAGCCCUCUUCUUCUUCAUGCUGUUGCUGCUGGGGCUAGACAGUCAGUUUGUUGGAGUGGAAGGUUUUGUAACUGGCAUUCUUGAUCUUUUCCCUGGAAAGUAUUACAUGCGUUAUCGUCGAGAAAUUGCUGUGGCGAUCUGUUGUUUAUUGUGCUUCAUUAUAGAUCUCUCCAUGGUUACACAGGGGGGGAUGUACGUCUUCCAGCUUUUUGACUAUUAUUCAGCCAGUGGUAUGACCCUGUUGUGGCAGGCAUUCUGGGAAUGCGUGGUUGUCGCCUGGGUUUAUGGUGCUGACAAGUUCAUGGAUGACAUCGCCCGUAUGAUCGGUUACCAGCCUUUCCCUUGGAUGAAGUGGUGCUGGUCGUUUAUUACUCCAUGUGUUUGCAUGGGUAUAUUUCUGUUUCACCUGCUGAACUACAAGCCUCUUACCUACAACAAUGUGUAUGUGUACCCGUGGUGGGGGGAGGUGAUUGGAUGGUGUCUGGCUCUUUCCUCCAUGCUCUGCAUCCCUGUUAGCCUUGUCUACAAACUCUCCGGAGCCAAGGGAAGCUUCAGAGAGCGCUGGGAAAAUCUGACCAAACCAGUGUGGGGUGCCCAUCACCUGGAGUACAUGGCGCCUGACACAGACAUCAAAAGCUUGGCCUCCCUGUCCCCAGGUACUGAGGAGAACAAGGUCAUCAUCUUUGAGAGUGUCAUGUAGACUAAUCAUCUGCAGUAAAGCCCAUACCUGCCCUCCAAAGACAAGCUGCUAGUAACAACUUUUUAUUGCAGUUUAAUUAGGGGUGCACAAUGUGUUGGCAAAAAUGUAAUGUAAUUGUUUUAAACGGUUUUAUGUUGUAAUAUCAGCCCAUAAUUUAGCCCUUUUUAGCUGACGCACACACAGAAACAAGUAAUCACGAGUGCUAGGCAUCUCCAUACUUUUUAGCUCUUUUAAAAGACUAGCAUGGUGGAUAACACUGUCCCGCAACAUCACAGGAUUGAUUACCCGUCCAGACAAGAACACCAGAUUCAGCAAUACAACUACUAAUGCUACAUUUUGCUAAUGUACAUGUCAGCUAUAUGUGAAAUAUUUACAUAAAAUAAUGCAAAGGUUUACAGCGAUUGUCAUGUCUGAUUUAGCUCUCACAGCUAUGUAAGAGUAAUCAGUGUUUAUAUUAAAUUAAUCUGUGUUAACCAACUAAUCAUUAGUGUUUUAAUGUUAUGUUCACUGCACUUCAUGUGCCUUUCGAGUGACCUCACAGAGCAAAAAGUUAAAACUACACAGUUCUAUGAAUCGGUAUUGUCCAUAAAAAUGAUCAGUUGUUGUUAUCAGGCCAGAAAUUCUAUAUCAUACCUCCCUAAUUUAAACUGAUUUUUAACCUUAUAGCAACAGUCAGAGCAACAUGAUAUCUUUAAUGCAAGAAGGAGUUGACAGGAAGGUGAUGGCUGAUUCAUUGCUGCUCCAUCUCUCACUCACAAAAAUAUACUGAGUGUAUUCAGCAGAGUGUGCACUGUAAUUUAAAUGUAGUGCACUGUAUUUAAAUUUAGCUGCACACUAACAGCUUGUCAUUGGAAAGGCGAUUGGGUCAGGCAGGGCAGAAACAUCUGAGGUGUAGCUCAUCUUCACCAUCACCUCCUCACCUCUCAGAAAAGGGCAGAAUUCCCACAGGCCACUUCACACAGGUUUCCUUUACAUUCACACAAACCAGCUAUGUGUGCUUCAGAUGAGGGGUGUUACAGGGCAACACAUGGAGAGGUAUUGGCCUGUCCAGUACAAUCUACAGACUUAUUAAUGACCAUUUAGGCAUAGAUGUAGUUGGGGCCUCUACAUUUAAAGUAAGGGCCAAAAAUGUCGUAUCUAUGGUAACGUUGUUCCUAAGUAUCUUUUAAUACAGUAUUAAUUUUACUACGUAUUUAUGUAAAUUUAGGCUACAAUCAUAUUAAAAGUAGUUUUUAUGCUGUAGACUUUACACUACUAAAAACUUAUACUAAUAAAUAUACUAAAAUUUUGAGGUCUUUUUUACGUUUUGUUUCUAGUUUUCCUUUGUUGUUUAUCUUUAUUACCCGGUGAAGUUGAAAAAACAGCCGUCCAGUAAUAAUAUUGUAAAUAAGCUGUUUCAAAUAGAUAAGGCCAUAUUAAAAGUUAAUAAAUCUCCUUUUUAUUGCCGACUUGAAGUUUUAUUGAAUGUGUCUGCGUGCAAGAUGUGAGACAUCAACAUUGUGUGUAAAACACAAUUCAGUUUAACCCGUGUGCCAAACAGCAUGCUUUUUUCCAUCUCUAUUCAGAGAAUGGAUUUGGUUGCCAUAAACAAUCGAGAUUUUAUCUGCCUAGUUAAGAAUAUACUGUAUUUGUGCUAUGUCUUGUCAGUAAAUGGUUUUGGUGAUAUCUAAAACAGCUGUCCUUGUAGAAGCGAGGCAGCUGUCCUGAGUGAGGGAAAUUUGUGAAGGUGCCUACAAACCACAGUGAUCAGUGCUGCACUUUUGUUUUUCUUUUCAUAUUGGAUUUUUGUAAAUAUAUAUGAUUUGAACACUAAAUUUGGAUUCAAUCUGGAAUUAAAGCAGAGUCAGUUAUGGUGUGACUUAUGCUUAAGUUAUAAUCUUGAAAAAUGUGGCUAUUACAGAACAGUGAUUUUGGAAUAUUUAAAUAAAAUCAGUAAACGUGAACAGAUCAGAUGACCAUAAAUGUACAGUGUAUGAGUUCAGUGCAGGCUGUAUGAAGGUGGGAGGACUACCACAGACAGGAACUGCAGGGGCUUUUUGCCAAUAUCAGUGGAGGUCUAUAAUAAUAAUAAUAAUAAGAAAUAAAUUCUUUAGCUUAAGGUUUCUGCAGUGAUGAUUUACAGCAUAAGCACCAGAGGUGACAGUUGCCAAACUUUGCCUUUUAUUGUUUGUCUUAAGAGCCCAUUGAUGAGCAUUAAUAGCCAAGUUUCUAGCAGGCCUUCCAAUGAACCGGCCUAAUCACAAAACUGUGGGAAUUCUGCCCUUUUUCUUUAUGAUAGAGAAUACACUAAGCCAUUAUAACGUCAUUGUAGAAAUACUUAGAAUGUAAAAAAUAGAUGAAAUGAUGUACAACUUCAAAAUGCAUUUGCACAUUGUUGUAAAAAUAAUCUUGCUAGCACUUUUUAAUCGUGUUAGGAUAAGACUUUUUUGUUUGUUUAAGUUUUACAUAUUGUGAAAUAAAUCAGAGAUUUAUUUUGUGAAGGCUUUUAUUUUGCUGAUACACACACAAAAAAUCUCUCUAUAUAUACUAUAAAUAUGUAUUAAAUAUCUGUGUGGUAUAUUUUAAAAGUUUGCUGCAGUAUGAAUUUUGAAUUUUUGAUAAAGAAUAAACUUUGGAAAGGGAGUUGUUAACGAAUUGCUGCAAUGCCAUUGCAGAGAGGAAUAUAAGUCAGCACAUUGGAUUGAUUUUAUUAUAAAUAUCAAAGCUUGUGUGUAUUUGUGUGUGUUAAGUACAGUAUUUUCUGCUGACAACCCAGGGACCAACUAGUGAUAUUAAGUACUUUCCAUUUUUUACAAAUUGAUGGAAAUGAAGCAAAUUUCACCUUUCUGUGAUUGAAAACAGUUCUCUACAACAUACAUGUGUAAUUCAGAAAAGGUUGUAAAUUGGAAUUUUAUUUAUAUAUAUUUAUUUGACAAGAUGUUAAAUCUGUGUUUGGAUUCAAUGUUCUGUUCUUUCUUCUAUGAACAGAUAUAUGCCUUCAGCACACUGUCCAUUGAAAUUAAUAUAAUCCCUUAGUGCUCCUUAGUCAGAGCAUGCUAGCCUUGUGCUAGCUUGGAGUUCAUGGCCUUCUGAUUAGACCAAAACCAGCAAAACUGCCCAUAAUGAUGACUGAUCCCUGUGUUGUGUUGGCCAUUGUGACACACUAAAGCCACUUUAGAAGAGUCCCCCCCCUCUUUACAGUCCUUUUGUCCAAGCAGGGCCCUGGGUUGGUCACUUAAUAUGUUACAUAGUCAUUGUGUGUCGAAAACAAAAAUGAAAUGUACAUUACCAAAAAAGAGAGAAAAAAAUGGUCAUUUCAUUUUUUGUGCUCUGCCAAAUUGUUCUCGACAGUAUCUUUGUCCCAAAGACUUGCUAACAGAAAACUAUAGGGUGUAUGUAGUCUAGUUAGUCGUUUGGAUUAAAAGGGAAAGAUUUUAGAUAUAAGUUCUUUUAGAUAUUUUAGAGUGCAAAUUUUACAUUCACAUAAUUAAAACACUAAAAUUAUUUACAGUGUUAUACUUUACUAUAAAUGGAGACAGCUCUUACUUUUAAAUAUUAUAAAUUAAUUUGCUAAAAAUCUCUUUGUUUUAGUAGAGCUAUGAAGUACCUAAAAUAAUUAUUAAUAUUAUAAAGUACUAAUAAUUAACCAGUGUUAUCCAACCGAAUAUACUGUGUAUGCCCUAAAAGAGAAUCUUUUCCAGAAAUGUACUAAAUAUCUCACUAUAUGUUCAUGUAAUCAGAUUUACUUAAUGAAAACAAUAGAAUUGUUUAUGAAGUUGUUCCGGUACUCUCAUGUUAAGUGAUGGACGAUAAAAAAGGGGGAAACUAAAAAAAACACUCUGCCAUGCUGUUAGGGACAUACGGGGUAGAAUAUACGCGUAGACCACACAAGAUUUUAGUGAUAGACUAUAAAAACCCUUCGGAUGAGGAUACUGUCUAGAAGGUUCUCAAUAGCACCGUGGAUUUGGUGAUUAAUUCAGUGAAAUCUUUAAUUGUUGUGCUUUGUAACAUACUGUGAGCUGUAACUAUGGUCUUCCAUCCGUCAGCUGAAGUAGUAAUAAUAACAGAAAUGAAGACUUGUACAGUAAAUGUCAUUGACCACGCAGGAGUCGAUCACUCAUCUUGCGGUAUCCCUCACCAUGUAAAGGGCUUCAUGCUUUAUACCACUGUGAUUGUGCUGAAGAUCCACUCGCCCAUAUCAAAGCAACAAAUGGCAAUAAACUAACUCCAUGAGAA